AUGUCGCACAACGGAUUUAUUUCGCCCAACGGGCUGAGCAUGCCUUCGGGCGGCCUGGCCUCCCGCCGCGGUGGUGGCCAGAACAUCAAACCGCUAUCUUUCGAUGCCCUCAAGUCUCCGACCGAUACCACUGAGAACGGAGUCCCCACCCCGCGAACGAGCCGUGGUCAUCUACUCGCAGGCCUUCGAACCGCUCCAAAAUCCGCUACAGCCACCUCUUUCGCUACUUCAGCCACUUCGAUUGUGCAGCCUCACAUGUCUGGCAGUAGGACCGGCAGCAUUGCCGGCAACGCGUACGGUGCCCCAGAACACGCCUAUCACAGUGGUCCCAAAACCUCACUGCCUCGCAUGCCGACUCAGCAGCAGCAGCAACAGCAGCAUCAAGGUUACAGCCAGAUGAAUCAUUCCAUGAUGGGAAUGGGUCACCAGCACUACACCCCUGAGCAGAUUCUGGCGCCUCCCGAGCUUCAUCUGGAUGAACAGGUUCAAGAACAGCUGGAUCCGUCGCUGUACGCCCAGCUGGUGACGACCAAUCUUUAUCUAGCCCAGCAACAGCAGCGGCUUCAACAACAGUUACUCAGCAUACAAGCAGCAGCUCAACAGUUCCAGGGCAUGAACAUGAACGGACAGCAGUCACUCCAACAGCAGGCUUUGCAGCAACAGAUGGCUCAUCAGCAGAUGGCUCUCCAGAAUCUGUAUCAACAGCAGCAGCAUCAGUUGAAGAACCUGCAGCAGUCGAUGAACUCGUCCAUGCCAGCGCAGCAGAACAUGUAUGCCGUGUACGAUCCAGCAACGCAACAAACCUACUUCGUUGACCAGAACACCGCGCAGCAGAUGAACAGCAAUAUCUCCAUGGACCAGACACCCAGUACCCCGCAAGGAUUCUACCAGCAGCAAAACAACAGCAGCACUCCACGUGUUCAGGUGUCCCCUCCUCCCACGGAGAAUAACACCCCGCCUGUCUAUCGUACUACUUCGCCCCCGAAGAAGGUGGAGAUUAUGGAUGAGCCGACACCUCUCCCACCUCCGUCUGCCAACGCCUUCCGUCGGGGUCAUAAGAAGUCUUCCUCGUUGGCAAAUAACAAGGGGCUCGCUCUCUCCACUGAUGAGAACCUGAGGUCCGCUGGGCUCAAGACUGCCUCGUUCCCGCUAACGCCCAUGUCUAAUGGUGGCUAUGGACCGGGUCAAGCACGCGCUGGUGAGCAUCCGAUUCGCCAGCCGCGUGGCCCGCCCGCGCUCGACGAGUUGCGAUCCAAGCCUACCUCCAGAUACGAGGGCAGCAAGAACUUCUCUGCACGGACACGCCGGUCUGCCGUCCACAACUUGGUGAAAGCAGGCAUGGUACGACGCAAAGGUACAACCAGCAGCUGCGGCAGCAUGAGCCCAGUCUCGGAGACCGCUGAGGAGGUCUGUACUCCACUGACCGACAACGAGUCUGACUCUGGGCGUAGUGGCUCGGGCAGUCUCUCGGGCGAUGCGGAGCCGAGCCUGGCUAGUUCUCGGACUUCGACUAGUGGUAGCUGGGGAGCUAUUGGCUCAGAUCGACCCAGCUCGCGUCAGAAGUCCCGCAGGAGUGUUGACAGCCAGUCAAGUACGUGCGAAGAUGGUAGCUUUGCCAGUGUCUUCAAGCAUGGCUCUCAACGACCGAGCAAGACGCAGAGUUCUGACGGACAACGAAAGGCACCGAUGCUUGUGCUCACCACCAGCGCUGAGAAGCGCAAGGGUAGCAUGCCGGUAGCUUAA